CUAACUCCUCGAAGCUCGCCUGAGCUCCGCCUCUCCCAUCGUCAUGAUGAUGUGGUCUAACUUCUUCAUGCAAGAGGAGGACCGCCGUCGAGCGGCUGUGGGACGGCGUCGCGCCCAGGAACAGCAGAAUCUCGGCUUGACUCCGGAGCGCGAGGGCAAGAUCAAGCUGGCGUUGCUGUUGGCUACCGUGGGUGCCACGCUGGCUGUGCUGUCGGUGGGCACCGAGUUCUGGGUGGAACUUAAUACAUACAAGACCAACGGCAGCGCUGUCUGUGAGGCUGCCCACAUGGGGCUGUGGAAGGUGUGCGUCAAGCGACUGUGGCAGGCGGACGUGCCCGCGGGCAGGGACACCUGUGGCCCCGCUGAGCUGCCAGGAGAGGCAAACUGCACCUACUUCAAAUUCUUCACCACGGGGGAGAAUGCAUGCAUCUUCCAGCGAACCACCAAGAAAGAGGUAAACCUGGCAGCUGCUGUGAUAGCCGUGUUGAGCCUGACAGCCAUGGCCUUGGGCUGCCUCUGUGUCAUCAUGGUACUCAGUAAAGGUGCAGAGUUCCUGCUCCGCUUGGGAGCUGUCUGCUUUGGCCUCUCAGGCCUGCUGCUCUUUGUCAGCCUGGAGGUGUUCCGGCAUUCCGUUAGAGCCCUGCUUCAGGGAGCCAGCCCUGAGACUCCCCCAGCUCCACGUCUGACCUAUGAGUAUUCCUGGUCCCUGGGCUGUGGUGUGAGUGCUGGCCUGAUCCUGCUGCUGGGGGGAAUCUGUUUCCUGCUGCUCACCCUGCCUUCUUGGUCCUGGGGGUCACUGUGUCCCAAGCGGGGUGACCCGACCACCUAGAGCCCUGUAGGCAUCUGCCAAGCCUGCCUCAGUUUCCAGCUUUUCCCUCAAGG